AUGCAGGCCCUCAGGCGAUCGAUCAAGGGCGACAAGGACAAGACGCCGCAGGUGUCCAUUGCCCCAAAGUCGGCCGUCGCAAUCGUCCCUCCCAAGAAGGUGAUUCGCGCACUGUACGACUACGAGGCCCAACAAAGCCAGGAACUCAGCUUUUCUCGGGGCGACUUCUUCCACGUUAUCGGUCGCGAAAAUGACACCGACUGGUACGAGGCCUGCAACCCAGCGCUCCCAGAUGCGCGCGGCCUCGUCCCUGUAGCCUUUUUCCAGGCCCUCGGCCGCACUGAGAGGGACAGCGCCCAGUCCGACUCAGGCCCGCGCACGUCGGGACCCAAGAUCCCCGACCAUGACUCUGGCUUCGCUGAUUCCAAUCCACUUCCGAUGUCGCCACCGCCCGCAGCCGUCGCAUCACCCAACCCAGCUGCCCCGGCCAAUUCCGGCCAUCGUGUUUCCAAAUCCAUUGGCAAGACUGGCUCCAUGGUGUACGGCAUAGUCAUGUAUGACUUCCAAGCGGAACGCCCAGAUGAGUUAGAAGCCAAGGCUGGAGAGGCCAUCAUCGUGAUCGCCCAGUCGAACCCUGAGUGGUUUGUUGCGAAACCUAUCGGUCGUCUUGGCGGUCCCGGAUUGAUCCCUGUGUCCUUCAUUGAAAUCCGAGAUAUGGGCACCGACAAAGCCGUGGCCAACCCUGGCGAUGCGAUCAAGCGCGCCGGUGUUCCCCGUGUUGAAGAGUGGAAGAAGAUGACUGCAGAGUAUAAGAACAGCAGUAUCACGCUCGGCAAAUUUGACGUGGGUGGCGCGCCAGGCGCACAGCAAGGAGUCGAGCAGGGCAUGGAGCGCAUGAGCCUUCAGCAGCAGGCAGCAGUGCGACAAAGCCAGCAGCAGCCCAAUUACCCUUACUCACAACAGCAGAGUCCACAGCAGCAACAGCGCAACACACAGCAGGGACAACCUGGCCAACAGUAUGGCUUGCGAUCAGCAUCAGACCUUCUUGCACCCAUAUCAGCCCGCAUUCCGAGAUACUGCUUCGCCGAGGACAAAUACUGGUUCGUGGUUGAGACGACACUGGAGGACGGAAGGCAAUGGGAGCUGUCCCGCUAUUAUGAAGACUUUUACGACUUUCAAAUCGCGCUCUUGACGGAAUUCCCCAACGAGGCGGGCAACACCGGAACCCAGAAGCGCACGCUCCCAUAUAUGCCUGGGCCAGUCAACUACGUCACAGACGCGAUCACGGAAGGUCGGCUGCACAACCUGGAUAUGUAUGUCAAGAACCUGCUCGGUCAGCCAGAAUACAUCUCUCGGUGCAACCUGGUGAAGCAGUUCUUCGCCCCCCGGGAAGGUGAUUAUGAGACCGAUGGUGCUCAAGACGGCGAGUACCGGUUAUCAGGAGGUUCGAGGUCUUCAACCGAUUCUCCUCGAGAUGGCAGUUCACGACAGUCAUCAAAGAACAACCUUAGUGGCCAAGGCUACGGAGGAUUAUCAGCCGCGCCGAAGCAGAUGCAACAAAACGGCCAGCCGCCAAUGCACCGACAAGGCUCCUCGAUGUCUCAGCCGUCACAAUCAUCAAUGGGUGCUCCGCAGGCACAGGCCGGCGCCGGACCAGCAUUCAAAGUCAAGUUGUUUUUCAAUGGCGACACUUUUCUGAUUCGGGUGCCAGCGGACACCAACUUUCCCCAGCUUUACGAGAAGAUUCGGGAACGGACCAAGGUGUCACACAAUGACCAGAUUCAGCUCUUCUACCGUGAUGAGCGCAGCAACGACAAGCUCAGUCUCAUGAGCAACAAUGACCUCAACUACGCGCUCGACAACAACGAGAAGCUCGUCAUUUAUGUUGAACAGGCGUAG